AUGGAAGUGGCCGGGAGUGUGCACGGACAAACCGAUACUUUGUCAGCAGUCAGUGUAGACAGCUUGCAGAGCCAGCAUGGCGUACGUCGAUGCAUGGCCAUACAUUACGCACUUGUUAUGGAUCGCACAGCGGCGGGCGACGUGCGGAGACUGGCCAAGACGCGGAGCAGCAGCGAGCCGUCGUUACAAGCGAUUAAUAAGAAUCCCCGGUUAAUCUUUAUUUUUUUUCGUAUUUACAGAGAUGGGCGGCUUGAAGAGGGCGACCAGAUCCUGGCCAUUGACGGUCAGGUGUUGGAUUCUUACAUCUCCCACCAGCAGGCUAUAGGCAUACUCCAGAAGGCUACACGCCUGGUAGACUUGGUGGUGGCCCGAGCACCGCCCCUGGAGAAGCAGCACCAGAGCCUCGCCUCCCUCGAGCAGGACCAGCACCUUCAGAAACACGAGAAACAACCGUCCUCCGCCUCAGUGACUGCUCAGCCGCAAGAACCCAACGCGACAGACAUGCUGAACACGGAGUGGGCUCAGGUGGAGGUGAUUGACCUGAUCAACGAUGGCUCCGGCCUGGGCUUCGGGAUCAUCGGCGGGAGGUCGACGGGCGUGGUGGUCAAGACCAUCCUUCCCGGAGGCGUCGCAGACAGGGACUCUCGUCUGCGCUCAGGCGACCACAUCCUGCAGAUCGGUGACGUCAACUUGCGUGGGAUGGGCAGCGAUCAGGUGGCGGCCGUCCUGCGCCAGUCGGGCUCGCACGUCCGCCUCAUCGUCGCUAGGCCUGUCGAACCCACCUCGCCUGAUUUCCAGGUGGGCCGGUCCGCCCCGAUCGUCGAGACGCGCGUCCUGAACGACCCGGAGGAGCUCGAGCGUCACCUGAGCCUCCUCCACAACGGCUACCCGCCUACAACGACCGCCGAUCCCGUGGUAGCUGCCGCCGGCUCGCCCGCCACCAACGGCCACAUCGCCCCCUACACCAACGGCGACACGGAUGCUCUUACACGAGAGAGCCUGGUGGGCGGCGGGGUGGGCGAGGUCAGCACCGUCACCACCGAGGCGCACCUGCACUACCAGCAAGUCCAGGUUGAAGGCGAGGGCGGGUCAUCGGCCUCGUCCCUGUCGCCGCCGGGCCCGGUGGCCGAGGCGCAGCUCCAGCAGCAGCCGGCCCAGGCAGGAGCCCUUGAGGGCGAGUCUGCCAUCCACACCUACACCGAGGACGACCUGGCACUGGUCGAAGGAGCACUGCCGGAGAUGGAGACCAUCGACGUGGAGGUGACGAAGGACCACCAGGGUCUGGGCAUCACCAUUGCAGGAUACGUGUGCGAGAGAGAGGAGCUGUCUGGCAUCUUCGUCAAGUCGAUCAACAUCGGGAGCGCCGCAGACAGGAACGGACAGAUCCAAGUUAAUGACCAGAUUGUACAGGUUGACGGGAGGAGCCUGGCCGGCCUGAGCAACCACGCCGCGGUGGACGUGCUGCGGGCCACGGGACAGGUGGUGCGCCUCCGCCUGGCGCGCUACCUCAGGGGACCCAAGUACGAGCAGCUCCAGCAGGCCAUCGCGAACUCGGAGCUCAAGACCACGCCCACCACGCCCAACCCACCCAGAGCUCAGAUGCCGGACAUGGGCGCAAAGUCCCGGGCCAAACUGUACCCCCAGUCCGGGCGUCCGCAGGCCCUCAGGUUCCACGCCAGGGUAGGAAUGCCUAUGGGCGAACUCCCCAGCAGCGAGGCCAUUCGAACAGCUCUCGGGGACCUCGAAAUGAACGUGGAAGACCCAGUCAUGGUGGAGGCCAUCAACCCAGCACUCUCUGCACCUACCUCCUCGUCAACAAUCAUCGCCGACGUGCCUACCUUCUCCACCAUCUCUAACCAGCCGCUGCAGCCCCCAGUUUUAUCCUCCGGGAUGAAUUCCUCCUAUGCGACCACCACCAAUGUGCCUCAACUGUCCUCUGGCGUCCCUCCGUUGUCCUCCGGUACCAGUACAGACAUCCGACUCGAAGACAUUGAGUUGAUGAUCGACAGCAAUUACUCGGGAGAGCUGCGACCCUCCGUGGAGAAUGCCAUCAAGCGGAAAUGGUCAAGGAUCGUUGGACCUGAAUUCGAGAUAGUCGUUGCCCAAUUAAGCAAGUUUGAAGAAGGGGGUGGCCUGGGCAUUAGCCUCGAGGGAACAGUGGACGUAGAAGGAGGAAGGGAGGUUCGUCCACACCACUACAUCCGCUCCAUCUUGCCUGAUGGCCCAGUUGGAAAGAAUGGGCGCCUGUGCAGUGGGGACGAGCUCUUAGAGGUUAAUGGACAGAAGUUGCUUGGCCUAAAUCAUGUUGAAGUUGUUGGAAUACUGAAAGAACUCCCAGGAUCUGUGCGCCUGGUUUGUGGUCGACGAGCCCCAGGUGCACCACCUCCACUUCACCCUAUUGAUGCUCCUACAGCUGAUCGGGACACGUUUGCUGCAAGGAAUAUCCUUGGUGGUUCUCUCCAAAAUCUUAUCCCUGGAUCGGAACGCCUCGUCAAGGCCAAGUCUGAUGGAUCCUUGGCAUCCUCAGCCACUGCAGCCACAAACGAUACUUCCUUCAACCGCAUGAAGAGCCGCAGCCUUGAACCGCUAACUGGCCUGGCCAUGUGGAGCUCUGAGGCUCAGAUCAUCGAGUUGAUGAAGGGCGAUAGGGGAUUGGGCUUCUCUAUUUUGGAUUAUCAGGAUCCACUAAACCCGCAAGAAACAGUGAUAGUGAUUCGCUCACUUGUUCCCGGGGGUGUGGCAGAGAAAGAUGGCCGUUUGAUACCCGGUGACCGUCUCAUUGCUGUCAAUGGAACCAACCUAGAAAACGCAACUCUUGAUCAAGCAGUAGCAGCCCUGAAGGGAGCACCAAAAGGCCCUGUUUCAAUUGCUGUAGCCAAACCAAUCAGCGUUCUGGAAUCGACUGGUCAGGCUCAGACACCAGACAGCGACGACCCGACGGCCUCGCACCCUCGCCGCAACCUGCUCGACGCUAUCCUGGGCGAGUUCGGAGCCUCGGGCGACGGGGACCUGCACGACAACCAGCUGCUUGAUAGGACCGACGGCGGGGACGAAGAAGACGACGAGGAGAGGGGAGAAGAAGAGGACAGAGACGAUGAAGAGGACCUGGACGAUCACAUGUACAGAGGACAUAGGCACUCUGGUUCCAUCCUCUCGUCGACGGGGUCUGAGGUCCCCCCGCUCCCCCUCUCGUCCCCCCCACACACUCCAGCCUUCCCCACCGACGAGGAGGAGGAGAUCACGGAGUACGACAAUGAGCUGAAGUGUGGCGCUCCCGAGGAUAAGGAUGGAACCUCAGCGUCCAAGGAACCUCCUGACCUCACACUCAGCUUACCGUCGCCGUCGUCCCUGCAACCUCCAUGCAGCCACGACCCGGCAGAAGUCGUGUCGCCCGUCAGCAUGUACAAGGCGUCCGUGCUGAUGGUUCCUGUGGCGACGGAGCGACUCAUCGGCAGCGGCCCCUCCAACAUGGCCGCCGCGCCCUCCACCACCUCCCUCCCCACCACCCAGCCGCCCUCGCAGACGCACGCCGCCUACGCCCACGGUACGGGCGGCGGCGCGGGCUCGGGAGACGAGGACCAGACCACGCCCCAUUCAUCCCCGCAGCUGUCACGAUGGGCGGCCCAGGUACCGCCCCUCCCCAAGGAAAUGGAAAGGACCAUCAAGAUCAAGAAGGGCGCCGACCAGCUGGGCGUCAACAUCGAAGUGGUGGACCAGGGUGUGAACGGCGUGGUGGUCUCCUCGCUGGUGAGGAACGGCGCUGUGCACAAGGACGGCCGUCUGCACGCUGGGGAUUUCAUCCUCAGCGUCAACAACGAGUCCAUGAGGAACAUCACGAACUCCCAGGCCAGAGCCAUCCUCAGGCGCACUCAGCUGGUCAGCACCGACGUCAGCAUCUGCUACAUUCGAGGGCAGGACGCAGCUGCCUUCCGCGAGGCCUCUCUGCUGCAGUAUCGGUCGGGACAGCAGGAACAGCAUCAGCAGUCCCAGCAGCCGCAGCAGCAGACCAGUCCCAGGAUUUUCCCGAAGUACUACCGGUCACCGUAUGUGCCCCGGGGUGACAGUUCAGAAGACGAAACUGGUGGUGGCAUCAAUAGCGAUCUCACUCGCUCUAUCACUGCCCCAUCCUUCAUCACCAGAGACCUCAGGUCACGUGAUCCAAGUCAUGAGGAUCUUCUAGGAUCUAUCUCCAGCCUUCCGCACCAACCAGAGACUGAAGUUGGAGGACUUACUGUUAUCAACAUUAAACACGCCUUGAGUGAAACUCUUGCUGAGACACGUGCCGAGGAAUCUAACAUCUCUUCUGUUCACAUUGGAGGUGAAGAGAACAAGAAUAUUGAAGACGACAGUGAGGAAGGACCAUUUACAAUAACCUUCAAGAACGUCUCUGAAGCACAUCCAGAGUACAACCCCAAAGUAGGCCUAGAACCAGAAGCAGAGGACCACGAAGUUUUAGGGGUUCUUCAGGGUGAUGGAGGUCUCACAGCAGCACCUUCUGAAGGUCGUUCCUCCACAGCAAGCCCAAUGCUUGACGGCAAACACUGGGGUCCCGAACGCACUGUUGAGGUGCGUCGGGAUGACAAGAACUCCCUUGGCAUCUCCAUUGUUGGGGGUAAAGUUGACCUUAGCUGGUCUGGGUCUUCUGUGACUGGCAUCUUCAUCAAAAAUGUGCUACCAGAUUCUCCAGCAGGAAAAGGAGGUCACCUGAAGACUGGUGACCGUAUCCUUGAAGUUGAAGGGGUUGACCUUCGUGGUGCCACCCAUGAAAAAGCAGUUGAAGUCAUCAAGAAAACGGGAAAUCCUGUUACUUUUGUUGUGCAAAGUCUUGUGCAAUGGACACCUGCCAACUCAGCGCCUCCUUCGCGAGAUGUAAGCCGCCUGGGCACUCGGAUGCCUAACUCCAUCUCUCCUGCUAGAACACCAACUCCAGAACUCAUCCAGCCGGGUUUGCCGGACCACAAGAAGCAGGAGAUCCAGGCUAAUCUACACCAUCCUCUGAACCGCCGUCAGACCACAGAAGACUCGGAGGAUGAGGCAGACGAUGAGCGUUAUGAGCAGGGUCGCAUCGAGACCAAGAAGGGUGUGGAGAUUGAUCGAGCUAGUGCUGGUGCCAUCAGACGAUCAAAGGCAGACAAGGCUGCGGAUCAGGAGGAAGAGGAUGAAUUUGGAUACACCAAAAGUAAGUGUUCCAUGAAACAUUUGUUUAAAGAUUUCCGGGUUUGUUGAUUCUUCCAGUAUGAC